GUUUGAUAAUAUAUGGAUGUUGAUAACCUUGGAAAAAGUGGAAACAAACGAACUAAUUUGAUCUAACAAAGACCUCUCUAAUUGCAUUCAACUUGUUUUGCAGCCUACACGCACAUACCUGGCGACUAACAGUCCAAAACUAAAAGCGGACUUCCCAAUCUAAAGCAUACACCACCAUAACAAAACUAACCACCUACUCGAAAUCAACCCAACAGAUUCAUCCACAAGAAGAGUGGGAGAUAGAUCGGUCCCAAAAUGAUGUCCGACGGCGUUGAAGACGAAGAGAAAUGGCUCACAGCUGGCAUCGCCGGCCUUCAACAGAACGCCUUCUACAUGCAUCGCGCUUUGGAUUCGAAUAAUAUAAAGGAUGCGUUGAAAUACUCUGCUCAGAUGCUAUCGGAGCUUCGUACUUCGAGGCUUUCCCCUCACAAAUACUACGAGCUCUAUAUGAGGGCAUUUGAUGAAUUGAGGAAGCUGGAGAUCUUUUUCAAGGAGGAGAGUAAGCGUAGUUGCUCGAUUAUUGAGCUGUAUGAACUUGUGCAGCAUGCAGGCAACAUAUUGCCGAGACUGUAUCUACUUUGUACAGUAGGAUCUGUGUACAUUAGGUCAAAGGAGGCUCCUGCUAAGGACAUUUUAAAAGAUCUUGUUGAGAUGUGUCGUGGUAUCCAACAUCCUCUUCGUGGACUCUUUCUAAGAAGUUAUCUUUCUCAAGUCAGUAGAGAUAAGUUACCUGAUAUAGGUUCCGAGUAUGAGGGGGAUGAAAACACUGUUAUGGAUGCUGUUGAGUUUGUUCUUCAAAACUUCACAGAGAUGAACAAAUUGUGGGUCCGAAUGCAACACCAAGGACCUGCUAGGGAGAAGGAGAAACGUGAAAAGGAGAGGAACGAGCUUCGUGAUCUUGUUGGAAAGAAUCUACAUGUUCUCAGUCAAAUUGAAGGCAUUGACCUAGAGCUCUACAGAGACACUGUUCUUCCUAGAAUCUUGGAACAGGUUGUGAAUUGCAAAGAUGAUCUUGCUCAAUAUUACUUAAUGGAUUGUAUAAUUCAAGUCUUUCCUGAUGAGUAUCAUUUACAGACUCUUGAAACAUUAUUGGGUGCUUGUCCUCAGCUUCAGCCUUCAGUUGACAUUAAAACAGUUCUUUCUGGUUUAAUGGAAAGGCUUUCUAACUAUGCUGCAUCAAGCAUUGAGGUUUUACCAGAAUUUGUCCAAGUAGAAGCUUUUGCAAAGCUGAACAACGCCAUAGGUCAGGUGAUUGAAGCACAACCAGAUAUGCCUGUUUUUGGAGCUGUUACUUUAUAUUCAUCUCUUCUUACAUUCACACUCCAUGUCCACCCUGAUCGACUUGACUAUGUGGAUCAAAUAUUGGGUGCAUGUGUAAGCAAAAUUGCUGGAAAAGGGAAGCUGGAAGGAAAAGCCACAAAGCAGAUUGUUGCACUUUUAAGUGCUCCAUUGGAGAAAUAUAAUGAUAUAGACACUGCAUUAAAGCUUUCAAAUUAUCCUCUAGUUAUGGAGUAUUUAGAUGAUAGCACUAAUAAAGUCAUGUCUAAUGUUAUAAUCCAAAGCAUCAUGAAAAACAAGACUCACAUAUCAACUGCUGAAAAGGUUGGGGCUUUAUUUGAACUAAUAAAAGGGCUCAUUAAAGAUUUGGAUGGCGAUGAUAAUGACGAGAUGGAUGAGGAGGACUUUAAGGAAGAGCAGAAUUCUGUUGCACGUUUAAUUCAAAUGUUGUAUAACAGUGAUCCACAAGAGAUGUUGAAGAUUAUAUGUAUGGUGAAGAAGCAUAUCAUGACUGGAGGACCCAAGCGACUUCCUUUCACAAUUCCUCCACUUAUAUACAACGCUCUCAAGUUGGUACGGCGAGUACAAAGUCAGGAUGAGAAUGGUAGUGAAGACGAGACAUCAUCAGCCACACCAAAAAAAAUAUUUCAAAUGUUGAAUCAGACAAUUGAGGUUUUAUCAAUGGUUCCAGCACCUGACCUUGCAUUAAGGUUAUAUUUGGAAUGUGCUGAGGCUGCAAAUGACUGUGAUCUAGAACCUGUAGCAUAUGAAUUUUUCACCCAAGCAUAUAUAUUAUACGAAGAAGAAAUUUCGGAUUCCAAAGCACAGGUAACAGCACUAUAUCUGAUUAUAGGGACACUUCAAAGGAUGCACACCUUUGGGGUUGAAAACAGGGAUACCUUAACCCACAAGGCCACAGGGUAUUCAGCAAAGCUGUUGAAGAAGCCAGAUCAGUGUAGGGCUGUUUAUGCUUGUUCGCAUCUGUUUUGGGUUGAUGAUCAAGACGGAAUCAAGGAUGGCGAGAGAGUAUUGCUUUGCUUAAAGCGUGCGUUAAGGAUUGCAAAUGCUGCUCAACAAAUGGCAAAUGUGACGAAAGGUAGCGGUGGAUCGGUGAUGCUGUUUAUUGAGAUUCUAAACAAGUAUUUGUAUUUUUUUGAGAAGGGAAACACACAGAUCAGUGUUGCAUCGAUUCAAGGGCUGAUUGAAUUGGUAACAAGUGAGAUGCAAAGUGAUAGUAGAAGCACAUCGGAUCCAGCUGCUGAUGCUUUUUUUGCGAGUACAAUCCGCUACAUUCAGUCACAGAAGGAUAAGGGUGGAGCAACAGGGGACAAAUUUCAGGCAAUUAAGGAUGUGUAA